AUGGCAAGCGACUCGAGCGUAAACGCCCUGGUAGGCAUCCUUACCUUCUACAUGGUCGUUGCAUUCCUAUUCUUCUGCUUCCUCCUGUACAUGCGCUUCGUCAAGCGGCGCGUCCUCGUGCCCGUCGAUCUGGGACCGCGCAGAGGACGGAGUACCACUGCCGUACGGGGCAGCGUUGGCGGUGAUUCUGCGGCGGGGACGGGGGAGGAUAACAGAGAUGUUGGGAACGAGUUGGGCCGGUCUGGUGGUGCGACGACUGAGGGACCGACGGGGUGA